AGAGAAAGAAAAAGCGAUUUUUAUAAGAAUAAGAAUUAUAAAUAUAAAUGUAAACUUUGUUUUAAUGGAUAUAAAGUUAAGGAUAAAUUAAAAUCUCACAUGUUAAAACGACAUGAUAACUCUGUAGGCCCAUACGAAUGUGAAACAUGCCACGCCCAUUUUGAAAACGAGACCGCACUCAGUAAUCAUGCGAGGUCUCAUAAUUUUGCAUGGGAAUGCAUCAAGUGUGGGUACCAAUGUUACUCAGUGCGAAGACUCAACUAUCAUGUAAAAUGCCAUAGAAGUUAUCAAUGUGUUUAUUGUGAUGCUGAAUUUCAAGAUGUAUCAUCGUUUUACGCGCACUACAAGGCUCUACAUAGCGUUUUCCUAUGCGACCAUUGCGGUAAGCGAUGUAAAACUAAAUAUAUGCUGGAAAAACAUAUGAGUCGCCAUUCGGAUAGCCACGUAUGUUCAACGUGCUCUCGCAAGUACAAAUCUCGCGCCGCCCUCCGCAAACAUUACGCGCUGAAGCACAGCACUUGUGCUGCUGAGCAAGCGUACUGCGUUCUAUGCGACAAACAGUACGAAAGCGAAUACGUAUAUAGGAGACACGUACAUACAAGCGUCGCGCAUCGGCGGGAGAGGGAUCUACAGGUAAAGAAGAAAUAUCCGUGUCCCGAAUGCAGUAAUAUAUAUUCGAGGCGCGCGUAUAUGAUGAACCAUUACCGGCAUGUCCAUAUGAAUCAGUCUAAGUAUUAUUGCGGGACUUGUGAGAGACAUUUUCUAAACAGAACGCGGUACAUAGACCACAUGCGGUACAACCACGAGGGAGUCAAGAAAGAGAAGAAUAAGCUCUGUAACAUCUGUGGCAGAGGAUUUGCGGCCAACCGCACGCUCCUGAAUCACAUGCGAACCCAUUCGGGCGAAAGGCCUUACGAAUGUGAAUACUGUUCGUCCAAGUUCACACAAAGGACUUCGAUGCUAUCACAUGUAAAGUAUAUUCAUCUAAAAAGUAAGCGGGGGCAGGAAUGGCAACAGUAA